GCCACUCUAAAACAGAAGGAACAGCUAUCAGCCAGGGAGAUAAUCUGUUCCAGAGAUCUUUUCCGAGCAUAUUCUUCAGUCAAAGUUGGAAUUUCAGAAAGGAUUAAACAGUGAAAGAGUUUAUUUCAAAAAGAGAAUUUCACACAAAGGUUAAACCAUGGAGAUACUUCAUCCUUUCUUGUUGCUACUCCUUGUAGGCUCGAUUUCUGCACAAUCAUCAACUACGGAGAGUUCGACAACGGCAACAAAUGCAGCAACAAGCGAUACAACACCGGCAUCAACAACAACAGGCAGUACAACUCAGUCAUCAGCUACAACUGCACCAAGUACAUCGGCCAGUGCACAGUCGUCAACUACAGCUGCACCAGCUACAUCGGCCGUUUCACAGUCAACAACUACAGCUGCACCAAGUACAUCAGCCAGUACACAGUCAACUAUAGCUGCAUCAAGUACAGCAGCAAAUCCACAGUCGUCAACUACAGCUGCACCAAGCACAUCAGCCAAUACACAGUCGUCAACUACAACUGCACCAAGUACAUCGACCAAUAUUCAGUCGUCAACUACAGCUGCACCAAGUACAUCGGCCAGUGCACAGUCGUCAACCACAGCUGCACCAAGUACAUCGGCCAGUACACAGUCGUCAGCUACAGCUGCACAAAGUGCAUCGGCAAAUGCACAAUCGUCAACUACAGCUGAACCAAGUGCAUCAGCCAGUGAACAGUCAUCAACAACAGCUUCACCAAGUACAUCAGCCAAUACACAGUCGUCAACUACAGCUGCACCAAGUACAUUAGCCAAUACACAGUCAUCAACUACAGCUGCACCAAUUACAUCGGCCAGUGCACAGCCGUCAACUACAGCUUCGCCAAGUACAUCAGCCAAUACACAGUCAUCAACUACAGCCGCACCAAGUACAUUAGCCAAUACACAGUCAUCAACUACAGCUGCACCAAUUACAUCGGGCAGUACACAGUCGUCAACUACAGCUACACCUGGUACAUCGGCCAGUGCACAGUCGUCAACUACAGCUGCACAAAGUACAUCGGCCAGCACACAGUCAUCAACUACAGGCGUACCAAGUACAUCGGCCAGUACACAAUCGUCAACUACAGCUGCUGCAGGUACAUCUGCCAGUGCACAGUCAUCAACUACAGCCGCAACAAGUACAUCGGCCAAUACACAGUCAUCAACUACAGCCGCACCAAGUACAUCGGCCAGUACACAGUCGUCAACUACAGCCACACCAAGUACAUCGGCCAGUGCACAAUCGUCAACUACAGCUUCACCAGCUACAUCAGCCAGUACACAGUCAUCAACUACAGGCACAACAAGUACAUCGGCCAAUACACAGUCAUCAACUACAGCCGCACCAAGUACAUCGGCCAGUACACAGUCGUCAACUACAGCCACACCAAGUACAUCGGCCAGUGCACAAUCGUCAACUACAGCUUCACCAGCUACAUCAGCCAGUACACAGUCAUCAACUACAGGCGCACCAAGUACAUCGGCCAAUACACAGUCAUCAACUACAGCCGCACCAGGUACAUCGGCCAGUGCACAGUCAUCAACUACAGCCGCACCAAGUACAUCGGCCAGUACACAGUCGUCAACUACAGCCACACCAAGUACGUCGGCCAGUGCACAGUCAUCAACUACAGCUGCAGUAGCUACAUCGGCCAGUGCACAAUCGUCAACUACAGCUUCACCAGCUACAUCAGCCAGUACACAGUCAUCAACUACAGGCGCAACAAGUACAUCGGCCAAUACACAGUCAUCAGCUACAGCUGCACCAAGUACAUCGGCCAGUACACAGUCGUCAACUACAGCCGCACAAAGUACAUCAGCCAAUACACAGUCACCAACUACAGCCACAACAGGUACAUCGGCCAGUGCACAGUCAUCAACUACAGCUGCUCCAAGUACAUCGGCCAGUGCACAGUCAUCAACUACAGCCGCACCAAGUACAUCGGCCAGUACACAGUCGUCAACUACAGCCACACCAAGUACAUCGGCCAGUGCACAAUCGUCAACUACAGCUUCACCAGCUACAUCAGCCAGUACACAGUCAUCAACUACAGGCACAACAAGUACAUCGGCCAAUACACAGUCAUCAACUACAGCCGCACCAAGUACAUCGGCCAGUACACAGUCGUCAACUACAGCCACACCAAGUACAUCGGCCAGUGCACAAUCGUCAACUACAGCUUCACCAGCUACAUCAGCCAGUACACAGUCAUCAACUACAGGCGCACAAAGUACAUCGGCCAAUACACAGUCAUCAACUACAGCCGCACCAGGUACAUCGGCCAGUGCACAGUCAUCAACUACAGCCGCACCAAGUACAUCGGCCAGUACACAGUCAUCAACUACAGCUGCACCAGGUACAUCGGCCAGUGCACAGUCGUCAACUACAGCCGCACCAAGUACAUCGGCCAGUACACAGUCGUCAACUACAGCCACAUCAAGUAUGUCGGCCAGUGCACAGUCAUCAACUACAGCUGCAGUAGCUACAUCGGCCAGUGCACAGUCGUCAACUACAGGUGCACCAGCGACAUCAGCCAGUACACAGUCAUCAACUACAGCCGUACCAAGUACAUCAGCCAAUACACAGUCAUCAACUACAGCUGCACCAAGUACAUCGGCCAGUGCACAGUCGUCAACUACAGCUUCACCAGCUACAUCAGCCAGUACACCGUCAUCAACUACAGCUGCACCAGCUACAUCGGCCAGUGAACAGUCAUCAACUUCAGCUGUACCAAGUACAUCAGCCAAUACACAGUUGUCAACUACAGCUGCACCAGCUACAUCAGCCAGUAUACAGUCAUCAACUACAGGUGCACCAGCGACAUCAGCCAGUACACAGUCAUCAACUACAGCUGCACCAAGUACAUCGGCCAGUACACAGUCGUCAACUACAGCUUCACCAGCUACAUCAGCCAGUGCACAGUCAUCAACUACAGCCGUACCAAGUACAUCAGCCAAUACACAGUCAUCAACUACAGCUGCACCAAGUACAUUGGCCAGUAUACAGUUGUCAACUACAGCUGCACCAGCUACAUCAGCCAGUACACAGUCAUCAACUACAGCUUCACCAGCGACAUCGGCCAGUACACAGUCAUCAACUACAGCUGCACCAAGUACAUCUGCCAGUGUACAGUCAUCAGCUACAGCUGCUCCAAGUACAUCGGCCAGUGCACAGUCAUCAACUACAGCUGCUGCAGGUACAUCUGCCAGUGCACAGUCAUCAAAUACAGCCGUACUAAGUACAUUGGCCAGUACACAGUCGUCAACUACGGCUGCACCUGGUACAUCGGCCAGUGCACAAUCGUCAACUACAGCUUCACCAGCUACAUCAGCCAGUGCACAGUCAUCAACUACAGCCGUACCAAGUACAUCAGCCAAUACACAGUCAUCAACUGCAGGCGCACCAAGUACAUCGGCCAAUACACAGUCAUCAACUACAGCCACACCAAGUACGUCGGCCAGUGCACAGACAUCAACUACAGCUGCAGCAGCUACAUCGGCCAGUACACAGUCAUCAACUACAGCUGCACCAAGUACAUCGGCCAGUAUACAGUCAUCAACUACAGCUGCUCCAAGUACAUCGGCAAGUGCACAGUCAUCAACUACAGCCGCUGCAGGUACAUCAGCCAGUGCACAGUCAUCAACUACAGCCGCACCAAGUACAUCGGACAGUACACAGUCGUCAACUACAGCUUCACCAGCUACAUCAGCCAGUGCACAGUCGUCAACUACAGCUGAACCAAGUACAUCGGCCAGCGCACAGUCGUCAACUAGAGCUGCAGCAGCUACAUCAGCCAGUACACAGUCAUCAACGACAGCUUCACCUGCUACAUCGGCCAGUGCACAGUCAUCAACUACAGCCGUACCAAAUACAUCAGCCAAUACACAGUUAUCAACUACAGCUGCACCAAGUACAUCAGCCAGUGCACAGUCCUCAAGUACAGCUGCACCAGCUACAUCAGCCAGUACACAGUCAUCAACUACAGCUGCACCAGCUACAUCAGCCGUUCCAGAGUCAUCAACUACAGCCGCACCAAGUAUAUCGGCCAAUACACAGUCAUCAUCUACAGCCGCACCAGCUCCAUCGACCAGUGCAGAGUCAUCAACUACAUCUGCACCAAGUAGAUCGGCCAGUACACAGUCGUCAACUACAGCUGCACCAGCUACAUCGGCCAGUACACAGUCGUCAACUACAGCUGCACCAAGGUCAUCGGCCAGUACACAGUCAUCAACUACAGCUGCACCAGCUACAUCGGCCAUUUCACAGUCGUCAACUACCGCUGCAGAAAGUACAUCGGCCAGUACACAGUCGUCAACUACAGCUGCACCAAGUACACCGGCCAGUGCACAGUUGAUAACUACAGCUGCACCAAGUACAUUGGCCAAUACACAGUCAUCAACUGAAGCUGCACCAAGUACAUUGGCCAGUGUACAGUCAUCAACUACAGCUGCACCAAGUACAUCGGCCAAUACACAGUCGUCAACUGCAGCUGCAGUAAGUACAUCGGCCAAUACAAAGUCAUCAACUGAAGCUGCACCAAGUACAUCAGCGAAUACACAGUCAUCAACUACGGCCGCAACAAGUACAUUGGCUAAUACACAGUCGUCAACUACAGCCGCACCAAGUACUUCGGCCAGUGAACAGUCAUCAACUACAGCUGCACCAGCUACAUCGGCCAGUGCACAGCUAUCAACUACAGCUGCACUAAGUACAUCGGCCAAUACACAGUCAUCAACUGAAGCUGCACCGAGUACAUCAGCCAAUACACAGUCAUCAACUACAGCUGCACCAAGUACAUCGGCCAGUACACAGUCGUCAACUACAGCCGCAACAAGUACAUCGGCCAAUACACAGUCGUCAACUACAGCCGCACCAAGUACUUCGGCCAGUGAACAGUCAUCAACUACAGCUGCACCAGCUACAUCGGCCAGUACACAGUCAUCAACUACAGCUGCACCAAGUACAUCGGCCAGUGCACAGUCGUCAACUACGGCCGCAACAAGUACAUCAGCUAAUACACAGUCGUCAACUACAGCCGCACCAAAUACUUCGGCCAGUGAACAGUCAUCAACUACAGCUGAACCAGCUACAUCGGCCAGUGCACAGUUAUCAACUACAGCUGCACUAAGUACAUCGGCCAAUACACAGUCAUCAACUGAAGCUGCACCAAGUACAUCAGCCAAUACACAGUCAUCAACUACAGCUGCACCGAGUACAUCGGCCAGUACACAGUCGUCAACUACAGCUGCACCGAGUACAUCGGCCAGUACACAGACGUCAACUACAGCCGCACCAAGUACUUCGGCCAGUGAACAGUCAUCAACUGCAGCUGCACCAGCUACAUCGGCCAGUGCACAGUUAUCAACUACAGCUGCACUAAGUACAUCGGCCAAUACACAGUCAUCAACUGAAGCUGCACCAAGUACAUCAGCCAAUACACAGUCAUCAACUACAGCUGCACCGAGUACAUCGGCCAGUACACAGUCGUCAACUACAGCCGCAACAAGUACAUCGGCCAAUACACAGUCGUCAACUACAGCUGCACCAAGUACUUCGGCCAGUGAACAGUCAUCAACUGCAGCUGCACCAGCUACAUCGGCCAGUACACAGUCAUCAACUACAGCUGCACCAAGUACAUCGGCCAGUGCACAGUUAUCAACUACAGCUGCACCAGCUACAUCGGCCAAUACAAAGUCAUCAACUGAAGCUGCACCAAGUACAUCAGCGAAUACACAGUCAUCAACUACAGCUGCACCGAGUACAUCAGCCAGUACACAGUCAUCAACUACGGCCGCAACAGGUACAUUGGCUAAUACACAGUCGUCAACUACAGCCGCACCAAGUACUUCGGCCAGUGAACAGUCAUCAACUACAGCUACACCAGCUACAUCGGCCAGUGCACAGCUAUCAACUACAGCUGCACUAAGUACAUCGGCCAAUACACAGUCAUCAACUGAAGCUGCACCAAGUACAUCAGCCAAUACACAGUCAUCAACUACAGCUGCACCGAGUACAUCGGCCAGUACACAGUCGUCAACUACAGCUGCACCGAGUACAUCGGCCAGUACACAGACGUCAACUACAGCCGCACCAAGUACUUCGGCCAGUGAACAGUCAUCAACUGCAGCUGCACCAGCUACAUCGGCCAGUGCACAGUUAUCAACUACAGCUGCACUAAGUACAUCGGCCAAUACACAGUCAUCAACUGAAGCUGCACCAAGUACAUCAGCCAAUACACAGUCAUCAACUACAGCUGCACCGAGUACAUCGGCCAGUACACAGUCGUCAACUACAGCCGCAACAAGUACAUCGGCCAAUACACAGUCGUCAACUACAGCCGCACCAAGUACUUCGGCCAGUGAACAGUCAUCAACUACAGCUGCACCAGCUACAUCGGCCAGUACACAGUCAUCAACUACAGCUGCACCAAGUACAUCGGCUAGUGCACAGUCGUCAACUACGGCUGCAACAAGUACAUUGGCUAAUACACAGUCGUCAACUACAGCCGCACCAAGUACUUCGGCCAGUGAACAGUCAUCAACUGCAGCUGCACCAGCUACAUUGGCCAGUGCACAGUUAUCAACUACAGCUGCACUAAGUACAUCGGCCAAUACACAGUCAUCAACUGAAGCUGCACCAAGUACAUCAGCCAAUACACAGUCAUCAACUACAGCUGCACCGAGUACAUCGGCCAGUACACAGUCAUCAACUACAGCCGCAACAAGUACAUCGGCCAAUACACAGUCGUCAACUACAGCCGCACCAAGUACUUCGGCCAGUGAACAGUCAUCAACUGCAGCUGCACCAGCUACAUCGGCCAGUACACAGUCAUCAACUACAGCUGCACCAAGUACAUCGGCCAGUGCACAGUCGUCAACUACGGCCGCAACAAGUACAUUGGCUAAUACACAGUCGUCAACUACAGCCGCACCAAGUACUUCGGCCAGUGAACAGUCAUCAACUACAGCUGCACCAGCUACAUCGGCCAGUGCACAGUCAUCAACUACAGCUGCACCAAGUACAUCGGCCAAUACACAGUCAUCAACUGAAGCUGCACCAAGUACAUCAGCCAAUACACAGUCAUCAACUACAGCUGCACCAAGUACAUCGGCCAAUGCACAGUCGUCAACUACGGCCGCAACAAGUACAUCGGCUAAUACACAGUCGUCAACUACGGCCGCAACAAGUACAUCGGCUAAUACACAGUCAUCAACUACAGCUGCACCAGCUACAUCAGCCAGUGCACAGUUAUCAACUACAGCUGCACUAAGUACAUCGGCCAAUACACAGUCAUCAACUGAAGCUGCACCAAGUACAUCAGCCAAUACACAGUCAUCAACUACAGCUGCACCGAGUACAUCGGCCAGUACACAGUCGUCAACUACAGCUGCAACAAGUACUUCGGCCAGUGAACAGUCAUCAACUGCAGCUGCACCAGCUACAUCGGCCAGUACACAGUCAUCAACUACAGCUGCACCAAGUACAUCGGCCAGUGCACAGUCGUCAACUACGGCCGCAACAAGUACAUCGGCUAAUACACAGUCGUCAACUACAGCCGCACCAAGUACUUCGGCCAGUGAACAGUCAUCAACUACAGCUGCACCAGCUACAUCGGCCAGUGCACAGUUAUCAACUACAGCUGCACUAAGUACAUCGGCCAAUACACAGUCAUCAACUGAAGCUGCACCAAGUACAUCAGCCAAUACACAGUCAUCAACUACAGCUGCACCGAGUACAUCGGCCAGUACACAGUCGUCAACUACAGCCGCAACAAGUACAUCGGCCAAUACACAGUCGUCAACUACUACCGCACCGAGUACUUCGGCCAGUGAACAGUCAUCAACUGCAGCUGCACCAGCUACAUCGGCCAGUACACAGUCCUCAACUACAGCCGCACCAAGUACAUCGGCCAGUGCACAGUCGUCAACUUCGGCUGCACCAGCUACAUCAGCCAGUGUACUGCUAUCAACUACAACAUCAGCCAGUACACAGUCGUCAACUACAGCCGCACCAAGUACAUCGGCCAGUGCACAGCUAUCAACUACAGCUGUAGCAAGUACAUCAGCCAGUACACAGGCAUCGACUACAGCUGCACCAAGUACAGCUGCCAGUACAACCCAGUCUUCAGCAGCCACUACACCAACAACAUCUAGCACUACAACACAAACAACAUCAUCCCCUUUCUCCGAUACUAUUGAUACCGACCUUGUUUUCAGUAUAAAUGAAACCUUCGAUGGAGAUUUAAAGAAUCCAAAUUCACGCAGGUUCCAAAACCUUGCCAAGAAGAUCCGAGAUGGGCUCGAUAAGGUUUACCGAAAUACGACAGGUUACAUUCGUUCAGAAGUCAAGGGAUUCAGCGAAGGAUCCAUUGUCGCAAACUGCAGCCUGAUUUUCAACAAUACUGGCACACCGCCAUCUAAUUCAGAGGUGGUAAAGAUACUUGCAAGCCAGUUGGCGAAUGGCACAGAUUUAGGGAACCUAACAAUUAUUCGCUCGACCAUCAAAUCUGGUAAUAACACACUGGACAAUUUGGAGCCAAUUUCUUUGAAUGUUUCCUUUGUAAUAGAAGAUAGAGCUUUCACCACCAGUCUCAACGACGCCAAUUCUGAUGAGUUUGUAAACCUCCGGAAUUCAGUAAUAGAUUGGCUUAAAAGAGUUUUGUCUUCUGAAUUUGGCUCAAACUCCACGUCCAAUUAUGCUGUCAGUUUCAGCAAUUCUACAGAAAUGGUGCAGGUGACUACAAAUGUCCAAAUCACCACCGACAAACCUGAAAAUCGACCACAGCUGCGAGAUUUAUUUAUUAGAAAUAUCACUACUUCAGGCUUUGACAUCAUCAUAUCCAGCGUAACAGUAAACGGUGUGACUCUUGUUUCCCAAAAUUUUUCAAUUCAACUUCGCUUUACAAAUGUCAAUUUUACAAAUGAUCUCAACAACAGAGGAAGCCCCAGGUUCAGAAACAUCAGCUCCAUCAUUACAAAAGCGGUGAACAAUAUCUUUAGCAGCAAUCGCAACUACUUGGAUGUCGUAAUUGAGAGAUUUGUGAACGGAUCCAUUCUAUGUGAUGCCCAAGUCAAUUUUCAACCAAGUACAACUACGCGAGCUAAUGUAAUCCAACAACUGGCCAAUAACACUGCAGAAUUCAACAGUGCGGGUCUAACUCUGGAUACAGACCGCCUUACCAACACAACUUCUACAUCAACUACAACCAGCACAACUACGACCACGGCAACUACAACCAGCACAACUACGACCACGGCAACUACAACCACAGCAACUACAACCACGGCCAGUACAACAGUUAAUCAGCCAGCUCCAGGAAGACCCUUCCCAGGUUAUGCUGUUGCAAUCAUUGUCAUGUGCGGCUUGGCUCUCCUUGCACUCCCCUUCCUUGUUGUUCUGUUCGUUAAGACAGGUUUUUGUUCCAAAGUAGCAAAUGCCCUCCGGUUGGAAUCACCUGAUAAUUUGGAUUUGAGACUUCCAAUGUUUGGGGGUCAAUCGUACAACAUCAACUGACAAGCAGCAAGGAUAGCAGUGACCAGAGUUUUGGAUUCAGAGGGAUAAACUGACAUGGAUUAUGAAGAAUAUUGAUCACAGUAUUUAUCUAACAAAUUAUCCAAACUAAUGCACAUGCAACCAAAUGAACUGAAUCAUCACCAGGCUGAUUCUUUCACAUCAAGGCAGAUAUCAUUUAUAAAGUGGUAGUUACCUGGGCAAUCACUCAGUGCUCCCACCAUAAUUGAAGAUGUAUGCAUUGCCAUGCUAUACGGACAGGAGCUUAUCCAGAAUUUGCUCUUGAUGGGAGUUUUGUCUUAAAUUUAUACUCAUCUGUAAAGUUCUGUCUUUUAACUGGUAAUAUUCUGCCUUUGUAUUAAAAUUUGAAGUCAACCUAAGUCAGGUUUCUGCUGAAUUGAUGACAGACCUAUGGUGUGUGGAAGCUGAUCGGCUUGCAUGCAUCUCUAAUAUUAUACCAUAAACCAUUACAAAAGCAAACCUGCACUGAAUGAAUGUAGCUUUAUCUGAGUGCAAGACAAUGCACACUGGAGGUUGGCAAUUUAUUUACUGGAAGGCAGAAUGGUUGGGAUACCAUUGGGGCAACUGCAAUCAAGUUUGCAGCCAAACAGAGCAGCAAAUGUCAAGAUGAAAUGAGAAUGUAGGGAGUGUUGAGUUUGUGUACAUCAGUGACAAGAGGAAUUUCCUUACGUCCUAGACAUGCUGUGAUCUGCAGGAAUCUUCCUAGCAGUAAAUCUAUUGUACAUUAUUUUUAUAGAAGCUUGCAACUUUGUCGCCCAGUGGUCGUUAGUUUUCAGGUAACACAGAACGUUGCCGAAGUGAAAGGGCUACUGAGAUCAUUAGCACAACCAAGUUCUCUCUGAUGCUUACAAACAGAUGAUAUUUGUACACAGCACUGGCAUGCAGGCUCAAUGUUAACCUCAUUGCAUUACACACCCUCAGUGUCACACAGUUGUUGCUUGUUCUUAUGAGCCUCAAUGAUGGAUAUCUCAGGAAAAAUGAAUGAAAGUAACAUCCGCAAAGACAAGAUUGUCAGUGUCAAGGGGUGAACUUAGCAAUUAGACACAGAUCAUCUCAAGUGCAUGCAUCCUUGCUCUCUCCUGCACUCUAUGUAGCUCUGAUGCUAAGUAUGUGUUAAUAAGAAAAUUUAUUACAUGUGACAUGGACUACAAGGACCUUUAUCUUAAUCCUCAAUCUGCCCCUCUGCACUGUUUCAACUUAUUAUGCACCGUGUGUUUAGGAGAAAGCAAUAUUUAUAAAAACACCAGGGUGCCUAUCCUACAACAACAUUGUGUGAGCCAGCUGCUAAAGAUGUCAGGGCUAGAACACAGGGAUGCAAUUAUUCAAUGCAUUCAUCCUUAAUGACCCUCUGCAGGAGACUUUAUCUAUUUAUAAAGUGAAGAGUUUGAAAACUUUGUAUUAUGUGUUCAUGUGACCGUAACGCCACAACUGAACUUCAAGGCUCAGGUAUUCUGAAUGAAUGUGCCAAUGAUACGAGGCACAUACACCACAAUCAAACGCAUUAACUUGUAACAUUUAAGGGAGAUUGUUCUCUGUGUGGCAAUGAAUAUUUAGUUCAUGUUAUAGAUUGUACUAACAUUGAAGGAUUUAACUUAUGCAUGUUUUAUUGCUUUGCAUCUUUCUACUAAGCUACACUAACUUCAUUGGCAUUCAGAAACAAGAAGGCUAAAUCUAAGGCGGGAUAUGGACAUAAGUUCUCAGUGGAAAUGUAUUGCAGAUUGACCUAGCUAUUGUUGAAACGUUGAUCUUAUUGAGACUUUGAAUCUCAUUGUUAAACCAAGAAGGAUUCCAGGUUGUGUUGAUUUGAAAUCGCUGUGUUUAGGGCUGUAGCUGAAAUUGUAUGUGUUACUGAGUAACUUGCAACCAUUAUAACAUAAACUAGUCACUUCUGGUUACAAUACUUAUACUAAUCCUUCACGUACAAAAGGAGUUUGAAGUUAGUUUUGUGACUGCAAGAUAUUUGAAGACUCCUUGAAAAAAAAUCUCAAAACCUGCACUUUACAAAAUAAAUCCUCCAGUAGUAACACAUGAUUCUCAGGAACAGAACCGGUUUAAGCUGGCUGAUGACAGAAGUGUGGCUGAAACUAUGUUUGCUGAGCAGGUUAGGUUCACUUGAGCACAAGUUUAACAGGUUUUAGUUCAAUCCCUGCCAGUAUCCUUGUCAAAACUAUUUUCCUAAGGACUUCAGACAGUAAGGUAGCAUUAGGUAAGGUGAAAUUCAACCUCUUCUUUACAAGGAAGCAAUGUGACUACAUUUUCACACUGAAUUCAUUGUGGCACUAAUUGUACCCUCCCCUCAGAGGGAAAUGUGAGUAUAAUGUAUUCGUCACAGCCUCAGAAUGCUUGAACAACAGUAGGGGCAGUUACCCUUGCACUGAUCUCUCACUCAUCUUUGCCACAAGUUACCUGAUCAUCGCUAUAUUGCUGUUUGUGGGAGCUUGCUGUGCACCAAUUGAUUGCCACAGCAACUGAUUUUCAGAAGUAUUUUAGGGGUUCUAAAGUGCUUUAAGACAUCCCGAAAGGGAAGUGAAAGGUACUAUGUAAAUGUAGUGCCAGUGUGACUCAUCACAGCUAUUGUUUCUAAGUAUAUGUCUAUUAUUCCCACACUAUCAUAAGUUAACUCACCUUCUUAGUGAUGCUAAAUUGAAUUAAAUCGAUUUUAAGGGAUUAUUUAUCUACUAUUCUUACUGUUAAGCACUAUAAAGAAUAAAUAUGUGCCAAGUUUUCUUUAUAAAAACACCCUCUAGUUCAAUGGAUUGAACAUGUUAAUUUGAAAUAAAACAUAAUGCAGAGAUAUAUUUUCUGACCUUUUUUAUUUUUUUGUUGUAAAUGUAUUGUACUACUGAAUAAAUGCUUCUU